UGCGCUAGAAGACGGUAUCCACUGUCUUUUCAGGUGAGCGUGUGGGAGCCUUCACUGUGAUCUGCAAAGACGCCGAUGAAGCCAAAAGGGUGGAGUCGCAGCUGAAGAUCCUGAUCCGUCCCAUGUAUUCCAACCCACCUCUCAAUGGCGCCAGGAUCGCAGCGACCAUCCUGACCUCCCCAGACUUGAGAAAGCAAUGGUUGCAAGAAGUGAAAGGCAUGGCCGACCGCAUCAUUAGCAUGAGGACCCAGUUGGUCUCCAACCUGAAGAAAGAGGGCUCGUCCCACAACUGGCAGCACAUCACCGACCAGAUUGGCAUGUUUUGUUUCACUGGCCUGAAGCCUGAGCAGGUGGAGCGGCUGACCAAGGAGUUCUCAGUCUACAUGACGAAGGAUGGCCGCAUCUCCGUGGCAGGGGUCACCUCUGGCAACGUGGGCUACCUUGCCCAUGCCAUUCACCAGGUCACCAAGUAGUGACCAGGGUGCAGAGGAGCAGAGACCACCUUCCCUUCAGCCUUUGGUCUCGUGAGAGUCACGUGCAGGAUGGGGGGGGGGGUGGUGGUGAGUAGAUCAUGUUUUCAACCACAGUGCAUAACGAAUGUGUUCCUCGGAAAAGAGGUCGGGCAGAGGCUUCCACGGCUGGUGUCUGCAGCUUCGUCGGCUCUAAACCAAACUCCCUCAUCCUUUUGUCUCCAACUUUUCUGAAAGAGUUUACACAUGCAAAAACAUCGCAGCACCAAAAACCUGUCAGCCAUGGCUUUACUGAAGCAUCAGUUGGUGCCGGGGGUUCCCCCGGGGACCCACCUGAGACCGCCAUAUUAGAGGUUAUGAGAGGAAAACACCUAGUUCUGAUGUUAGCAGAUGUCCGUGUGUGUGUGUGUGUGUGUGUGUGUGUGUGUGUGUGUGUGUGUGUGUGUGUGUGUGCUGUCCCAGUGUGGAGUGACUGUGUCAGCAGAUCCCAUUACAGAAAUCAUGCUUUACCAAAACCACCAAGUCUUGUCGCCCGUUCGGCGAGGACAGUAAAUGUUGUCUCGUCAGCCUGUCUCUUAUCAUUGCGCUUCUCUGGCGUCUCGUCCCGUUCUGCUUGACUGACCAUUAACCUCAUCCUGCCAGGAUUUCUGUAAGAAUGGCUCAUGCCAGCCCUCCUUUCUCAGCAAAGGACAGUGGGGAGUGGGAACCUGCACUUUUUCAGUCCCCGUCAAUGAUUGGCUCCUACUGGAUGGGGCCUCUGCCCAGCUGGACCUCUUCCUGCAUCCUGGCUGCACAGCCUGUCUCCUCACAUGAGUCAGACAGUGCAGGGUAGGAUCAGGAGAUAUUCUGGGGUUUGUGUGCUGCCAGCCCGGCUCAGACUCCGCCCUUUGGAAAGCUAACCACCAUCUGCUCGAAUCCUGUAGACUGGCUGCCGCCUGGUUUCUCUGUUACAAUAAAGUUGCUGUAGACCCA